AUGUCAGCUUGGAAUUUCAUCAAACACUUUCCGUGCAAGAAUCUCUCCGGCCACAUCCUCAGAGUCAGACCUCGCUGCUUCUUCACUUCCUCUACUCCUCCAACUUCUUUCUCAAUCUCUGCGUCUUUCUCUUCAUCAUCUUCGUGCUUUCCUUCUGCUACUGAGUCGCUCGCUGCACCUUACCUCUCAGUUCGUAUCCACUGUCCAAAACAUGUCGUCGAUCCAUUCUCUGAGGCGCUCUUGUGUUUUGGAGCUAGCUCAGUAUCUGUUGAUGGAGAUAACGAAAGUACGGCUUCUUCGAAAGAGAUAUGUGUGGAAUCAAUAUUUCCAGUGGACCAAGAGGUGAAAAUGUGCAUUUCACAGGCUGCAAACUCCAUAGGACUGAAAGAGAUACCGAAUUUCCAAGUUGAAAUGGGAGAUGAAAUUGACUGGAUCGCCAAAAACCAGGAAUCAUUUCAACCUGUUGAAAUCGCCGAGGGACUUUGGAUCGUACCUGAGUGGACAUCUCCUCCUGUCGCUGAAGCGGUGAACAUAAUUCUUAACCCUGGAUUUGCGUUUGGGACCGGAGAACAUCCCACGACGAAGCUGUGUCUAUUGCUUCUACAAAAUCUGAUAAAAGGCGGAGAAGCUUUCCUCGACUAUGGUACUGGCUCAGGAAUACUUGCAAUCGCUGCCCUCAAGUUUGGUGCUGCAUCAUCUGCUGGUGUUGAUAUUGAUCCUCUGGCAAUAGAAUCAGCAACUCAUAACGCAGCUCUGAACAACAUUCAGCUGGAGAAACUGGAGUUGCACCUUGCACCAAGUGAAAACACCUCUUCUGGAAAAGAGUUACCGUUGCGAAAGGAACAGUUUGAUGUGGUCAUUGCAAACAUACUCUUGAAUCCCGUUAUGGAACUGGCGGAUUAUAUCCUUUCGUUUGCAAAACCUGGAGCAACCAUUGGCAUUUCUGGUAUCCUCUCUGAACAGCUUCCAAGUGUACUAGAACGGUACUCUCCCUUCUUGGAGGACAUUUCAGUAGCCACAAUAGGUGACUGGGUAUGCAUCAGCGGUACCAAGAAAAAGGAGCUUAUUGAUAACUAA